GGGUUUCGGGCGCGGGAUCGUUGCCGGGAGCUGCUAGAGCAGGGAGGGACCGCGGUCGGAGCCACAGCCCAGCCGCCUGACAGGCUCGGGCUCCCCGCCAGGAUCCCCAGGGCGGACCCCGGAGGACCGUGUCGCCCGGAGCGGUUCUGACCCGCGGGAGUCGAGCCCGAGCAGCCGGUGCCGAUCAGCGCUCCAGUCAAGCCCCGGGCCGGAUCGGGGCCCAGCGCUGCAUCCACGCGCGCUGCCUCCGUGCCGAGCGCGCCGUCCGGGACUGGGCUCGCUUGGGACGCGGCAGGACUUCCGAGCAGCCGGAGCCGGUGCCGUCGGAGCAUCUGCGGACCUGGGAGCGGCGCUGGGGGCGGCGGGCGCCUCUCUCCCUCUCCUCGCCUUGGCCGGACAGCUCCGCUCGACCCCUCCGCAAAGAUCCCCCGACCCUGGAGGAGUUUAAUCGCGGGAGUUUCGAGCCGUGCGGGGCGCGCAGUCCCGGCCCUGCGGAGCCGCCCCGUCGGGCUCCGGCCCCCGCCAUGGCCGCAGCCCGCCCGGGGUCGCCCCAGCUGCUGCUGCUGCUGCUUCUCCUGCCGGGCGGCUGCCGCGCUUUGGAAGAAACGUUGAUGGAUACGAAGUGGGUCACAUCUGAAUUGGCGUGGACGGCUCAUCCAGAGACUGGGUGGGAAGAAGUCAGUGGCUACGACGAGGCCAUGAAUCCCAUACGGACCUACCAGGUGUGCAAUGUGCGGGAGACCAACCAGAACAACUGGCUGCGCACCCAGUUCAUCCAGCGCCAUGACGUCCAACGCGUUUACGUGGAGCUCAAGUUCACUGUGCGGGACUGCAACAGCAUUCCUAACAUCCCCGGUUCCUGCAAAGAGACUUUCAACCUCUUCUAUUACGAGUCGGAUACGGACUCUGCCUCUGCCUCCAGUCCUUUCUGGAUGGAAAACCCGUACAUCAAAGUGGAUACAAUUGCUCCCGAUGAGAGUUUCUCCAAGCUGGAAUCUGGCCGGAUGAACACCAAGGUGCGCAGCUUUGGACCCCUUUCCAAGAAUGGCUUCUACCUGGCCUUCCAGGACUUGGGCGCUUGCAUGUCCCUCAUCUCUGUCCGCGCCUUCUACAAGAAGUGCUCCAGCACCAUCGCUGGCUUUGCUGUUUUUCCUGAGACCCUGACUGGGGCGGAGCCAACCUCCCUCGUGAUUGCUCCAGGGACCUGCAUCCCCAACGCGGUGGAAGUAUCGGUACCCCUAAAACUCUACUGUAAUGGCGAUGGAGAAUGGAUGGUACCAGUGGGAGCUUGCACGUGUGCUGCGGGUUACGAACCGACCAUGAAGGAAACUCAGUGCCAAGCCUGUGGUCCAGGUACCUUCAAGUCCAAGCAAGGAGAAAGUCUGUGUUCUCCCUGCCCUCCCAACAGCCGGACGACUUCUGGGGCAGCCACCCUCUGCACGUGCCGGAACAACUAUUUCCGGGCAGACACAGACCCCCCUGACAGCUCCUGCACCAGUGUCCCAACAGCCCCUCGCAGCGUCAUUUCCAAUGUGAACGAGACGUCUCUGGUGCUAGAAUGGAGUGAGCCACGAGACUCAGGUGGCCGGGAUGACCUACUUUAUAAUGUCAUCUGUAAGAAGUGCAGUGUGGAACGCCGGCUGUGCAUGCGCUGCGACGACAAUGUGGAAUUUGUCCCCCGCCAGCUCGGCUUGACCGAGAGGCAGAUUUACAUCAGUAACCUCAUGGCCCACACGCAGUACACCUUCGAGAUCCAAGCAGUGAACGGCGUCUCCAGCAAGAACCCCCAAAACCCCCACUUUGCCUCGGUCAACAUCACCACCAACCAGGCAGCUCCCUCAGCAGUUCCCACAAUGCACUUGCACGGCAGCACAGGAAGUAGCAUGACUCUGUCCUGGGAGCCGCCAAAGCAACCCAACGGCAUCAUCCUGGACUAUGAGAUAAAGUACUUUGAGAAGCAGGGCCAGAGUGACGGCAUCGCCAACACUGUCACGAGCCAGAAGAACAAUGUGCGGCUGGAAGGCCUGAAGCCAAACGCUGCCUACAUGGUGCAGGUCCGAGCACGAACCGUCGCUGGCUACGGCCAGUACAGCCACCCAAUGGAGUUGAGGACGCCAGAGGAGAAUGGUUCCAGCAGCAAGAGCUUCCAGGAAUUGCCUCUUAUUGUGGGGUCAGCCACUGCCGGUCUUGUCUUUGUGAUAGCUGUGGUGGUGAUCGCCAUUGUCUGUUUCAGGAAACAGCAAGGCAGUGCGGACUCGGAGUAUACGGAGAAGCUGCAGCAGUACAUCACCCCUGGGACAAAGGUUUACAUUGACCCUUUCACCUAUGAGGAUCCCAACGAAGCAGUCCGAGAGUUCGCCAAGGAAAUUGACAUUUCUUGUGUGAAGAUCGAGGAGGUGAUUGGAGCAGGAGAAUUUGGAGAAGUCUGCCGGGGUCGUCUCAAGCUGCCAGGCCGCCGGGAGAUUUUCGUGGCCAUCAAAACACUGAAAGUGGGUUAUACCGAUCGGCAGAGGCGAGACUUCCUGAGCGAGGCCAGCAUCAUGGGGCAGUUUGACCACCCCAACAUCAUACACCUGGAGGGUGUGGUCACCAAGAGUCGGCCGGUCAUGAUAGUCACCGAGUUCAUGGAGAACUGUGCGCUUGACUCAUUCUUACGGCUCAACGACGGGCAGUUCACUGUGAUCCAGCUGGUGGGGAUGCUGCGGGGCAUCGCAGCCGGCAUGAAAUACCUCUCAGAGAUGAACUACGUACACCGGGACUUGGCUGCGCGCAACAUCUUGGUCAAUAGCAAUCUGGUGUGCAAAGUGUCUGACUUCGGGCUCUCGCGCUUCUUGGAGGAUGAUCCAUCAGACCCCACCUAUACCAGCUCACUGGGUGGUAAGAUCCCAAUCCGGUGGACAGCCCCGGAAGCCAUCGCCUACCGCAAGUUCACUUCUGCCAGCGACGUGUGGAGCUACGGAAUUGUCAUGUGGGAGGUGAUGUCCUACGGCGAGAGGCCGUACUGGGACAUGUCUAACCAAGAUGUGAUCAAUGCUGUGGAACAGGAUUACCGCCUUCCACCCCCGAUGGACUGCCCCACAGCACUGCACCAGCUCAUGUUGGACUGUUGGGUGCGCGACCGCAACCUUCGGCCCAAGUUUGCACAGAUUGUGAACACGCUGGACAAGCUUAUCCGUAACGCCGCUAGCCUGAAGGUCAUCGCCAGCGUGCAGUCUGGCGUGUCUCAGCCACUCCUGGACCGCACUGUGCCGGAUUACACAACUUUUACCACUGUGGGUGACUGGCUUGAUGCUAUCAAAAUGGGACGGUACAAGGAGAAUUUCGUCAACGCUGGCUUUGCCUCCUUCGACCUGGUGGCCCAAAUGACAGCCGAGGACUUGCUCAGGAUAGGCGUGACGCUAGCAGGGCACCAGAAGAAGAUACUGAGCAGCAUACAGGACAUGAGGUUACAAAUGAACCAGACGCUGCCUGUUCAGGUUUGACCGCCAAGGACUCUGGGUUUGGAACGGACCCACCAGGGGAAUCUCUCCCUAGGAUUCUAGUUUGCGGUGCCGCCCAGCUGUUGGAGUUUGUGGGAAGGGGAGGCUUUCCCUCCUCCCUUCCCGACACUCCCUUAUCUUCAUGUGGAGCUCCUUGGCUUGACAAGAGACCUGUGGUGGAAUGGACUAGGAGGAGCCUAGCUAGAUUAAACGCACUCAGGUCAGGGUUGGGGCAAGAAAGAAGGAUCCCUGCCCUCCUUUUUGCGUGGCAUCCUUGGAACGGUGCACCGGUGAUGCGGAAUCUUCAUAUUGAAGAUGGAUUAAUGGGGGGGAGGCGCCAGCUCCCUCCUGGCCUCCUCCCCCUUUCUUCGAGUCCUGCCGUUCACCUUCUGCAUUGCCCUCCGGCCGUGCCACUUCUUCAAGCUUCCUUUACUCGGCACUGAUGCACAGUCUUGGGUUGCCUCCCCCCUUUGUGGAGGCUCUUUGGUGCAGUGAAUUCUUCGACUUCCUUCUCAGCAGAGAGGAAAGAAUCCCCCUCAGCAAACAAAUGAAGGAGCCAGCCUGCCUGCUCGAGCUGCAUUUGUUGGGGGGGAAGGGGGGGUCUGGCUAGAUGUUGUUUCCGACGCACCCGUAGACAAUCAUAGGGUCCACUCCGCCCUGUUCCUGGAACUGCACAAGAAACGUCUGCAGGGAGAUGGGGAUCGGUUCAUUUGGGCCCAGCGAGCCAGAACUACAAAGCCAGCGAUGGUUUCCGUGCAGGGAGUCAGGUGCAGUCAGCUCUGCUUCUUGCAUUCGCGACCCUAAAGGCCCGUUGGCACAAGUUUGCACAGAGAUCACACAGACGGAUGUUGAAGGUGUCCUGCCUGCCCGGCAGCGUUCAAGCAAGGAGAGGCCGAGCGAAGCAGAGAAGCCCUGCGUCUCUGCCCUUUCCUCUCCACCUCGUCUUUCAUGCAGGAAGGAGCAGGCUUUGCCAGCCACACGCCCAUCUCUGCGGAUCCUUUUCGCUGUGAUUGCUGCCAAAAAAAGAAAGAACUGGAACACCUUCUCUUUCUCUCCUUUUUUUUUUUUUUUGUUUGGGGGGUUUCGGUUUGGUUUUUUUUUUGCUUUCUUCUGAAAGCUUCUGCAACCCUGAGCCGAGAGGCAAGAGGGUCCCUCGCGGAGCUGGCAAGCUUGCAUGUGUACGAGUGCGUGUACUGGCCGUCUGGACCGUGCGAGAGAAGUGCGGGCAGAAUAAAGGCAAUAACGAUUUUA